GAAGCCCAUGGUGCAAACGAAGAUGACUUCGGCCCUAUGGUCGAGGGCUCCAAACACCCGGAGACAGCUAGAUUUGGGCAUGUGAAGCUACUGAGAGAAAACGACAGAAAGGCAGUAGCCCUCGGUCGGGGAGCCUUCGGCCAUACAUGAAGCCUUUGGCCAUACAUGAAGCCUUCGACCAUAUAAUCCAGUCCGAAGGGUCUACGCGCUACGAAGCUUCCUCUGAAGACAUGCAACCACCGCAUUCAAUGCGGCGUCACAUUCAACCACCGCAUUUAAUGCGGUGCACAUGCAAAUGCUGGGGCCACCAUGAUGGACGUGACCCUCGGCCAUUAGAGGAUUGACAUGUGUACUCGCUUAACAUUUAUGGCUGUUACUUGUGAUCAUCAUGGUCUAUUUUUAUAUCAGAAACAAUAUAUUGCGGAUAUUAUUGAUCGGGCCGACAUGACUAAUUGCAUCUCAUGUCCCACACCCAUUGACACUAAGCCUAAACUGAAUGCAUCUCCAGGAACUCCGUUUGAAAAUCCUACUCAAUAUCGCAAUCUUGUAGGUGCCUUGCAAUAUAUUACUUUUACUAGACUAGACAUCUCUUACGCGGUCCAACAAGUUUGUCUUCACAUGCAUGAUCCACACACCGAGCAUAUGAGUGAUCUUAAGCGUAUCAUUCGUUAUUUGCAAGGUACCAUGUCUCAUGGUUUAUUCUUCAAUAAAUCUUCCGUUGAUAAGCUUAUCUCGUAUACUGAUGCUGAUUGGGAGGCUGUUCAGAUACUAGAAGGUCCACUUCAGGGUAUUGUGUCUUUCUUGGGGACAAUCUAAUUUCAUGGUCCUCCAAGCGCCAGCCAACUUUAUCCCGUUCUAGUGGAGAAGCAGAGUAUUGUGGAGUUGCCAAUGUUGUCUCUGAGACAUGCUGGAUCAGAAACUUAUUACUAGAGCUUCAUUGCCCACUUUCUACAGCCACACUUGUGUAUUGUGACAAUGUGAGUGCCAUUUACUUGUCCCGAAAUCUGGUGCAGCACCAGCAGACCAAACAUAUCGAAAUGGACAUUCAUUUUGUUCGUGAAAAAGUUGCUAAAGGUGAAGUACGAGUUCUACAUGUUCCCUCACGCUAUCAAAUUGCAGACAUUUUUACGAAAGGGAUUCCCCGUGUUUUAUUUGAUGAUUUCUGUGCACGCCUUAACGUCCGCGAAGCUCCCGCUAAGACUGCGCAGGAUUUCUGUGCACGCCUUAACGUCCGCGAAGCUCCCGCUAAGACUGCGCAGGAGUGUUAGAAUACGUUAGAAUAUAUGCUCAAUAUAUUCUAUUUAUUAUGUACUCCCUCCGUAUCAAAUUAAUU